UGCUGUGAACUCUUGAAGUGGGAGUAUUUCAAUAACAAUUUGUGGAUUAUUUGGGUUUCUUGAUAUAAAAAUCGAAUAAUAUUAUGAAACAUUGUGUGGAAACCGCAAAUACUGAUAUAAUCAAUUGCUUAGUUUGGGAAUUGAUACACAUUUUCUAGAGGUUUGUCUGGCAAAUGGUGUAACAAACUUCAAGCCUAUCAUGAUCUUAAGCUGUUGCAACAAAUCAAAAUUGCUUUGAUGUUCCAUAGUACCUUGUUGGAAAGACUGGAGCAUGGUUCAAGAUGAUGUGUAAAAAUUCAAGAUUUGUGCAAAAGCUUAUGACUGAAGAGCGAAAACAGUUCUAUAUGAUUGCUCAAUGAAACGUGGAAAUGGACGACAAAAGUAGAGUUUCAACAUUCCAGCAUAGGCCUCCGUCGGACGAUGAGGACUUUCCGUUCGCGCACGAGGGCUCCGGUCGGGAGGUGCUGGCGCCGCCGGCGGGCCGCUCGCAGCCGGUGCCGGCGCCGCCCGCCUCUGGCCAGGUGUACGGCAGCCCGGUGAGCCACCAGCAGCCGCCGCCCAGCUACAGCGGCUUCCCGCGCGAGGACGACCAGUACUACGGCAGCGGCGACGGAGACUACUACGACGAAUACGACUACUACGACGAAGAGUACGAUUAUGACGACGAGAGCUACUAUGACAGCGAGGACCCGUCGCCGGACGCCGGCCGCGACCAGCAGUACCGGCCGCAGCCCGACCACGUAGCGCCGGAGGUGGUGGUGCCGCCGCGCCGUCCCGACGACGAACACAGUGUCGGCGUGGUGCACGCCGUGCCGCCGCCGCUGCCAGAGCACACGGAGCGACCCGACCACUACGGCGACCUGGGCGUGGAGCACGGCCGGCCGCCGCCGCCGCCGCCCGUCUACGGCACGGAGCUGCGGCCCACCGAGCCGCCCCGCCCGGAGCCGGAGCAGCCGGAGAUGGACAACGACAUCGACCUGGCUCCGGAGGUCGAGCUGCACGCCGGAGCCGGAGUGGAGAGUGAGAACGCCAUCCCGGACAACACGGCCAACGGCCAGCCGGCCGGCGCCAUGCCCGACGGCAUGGGCUCCAAGGCCAUCGACAGGCCGACGUCGUUCUUCGCGCAGCCCGGCAUUCUGGCAGCCGUGGUGGGCGGCGCUGUGGUCGGCCUGCUCUGCGCCAUCCUGCUUGUCAUGCUCAUCGUCUACCGGAUGCGGAAAAAGGACGAGGGAUCUUACGCGCUGGAGGAGCCCAAGCGCUCACUCACUGGCAACUCUUACAGCAAAAACUACAACAAGGAGUUCUACGCGUAGACGCGCCGCUCGUAGUGUACAAGGGUGCGGCUCGUCCGCUCCGCCGGGUCUGUAUAUAAAUACGCGCACGUGGCAGCGUCCGAGCUGGGGCACCAUCGCGGGAGUCGAGACGACCAGUAUACGGCAACGGAGUGCAGGGAGAUUACUCGAUGCAGCUAGCGGCUUCGCGCGCGCACAGCCGGCGCCCCCGUGUACCCUGCCGCCGCUCGUGGCGCCACCUGUCAGACGCAGUGUUCAGUUCAGCUAUAUGUAGAUGGCAGCAGCGCAGCGCAGUAGGUAUUUAUACAUGCUUUAACGGCCUUACGCCGUGCGUGUGAAGGUGGACGGCGCGGCGUCGGCGGCCGUCGCCCUCCUGUCCUGUUGUGUUCGCUUGGUGUUGUGGCGGCCGGCUGGGCGCGCUCUCUGUGCCAUAGCGCCCGCCGCUCGCUAGUUUCGCAGCGCCGCCGCGACUUCGGCAGCCAGGCCCGCAGCCACAGCCUCCUAGAGGUCAGCUGAUUGUUUUUGUCGUGAAGCACCGAGUGUAUUUCGGUGACCGUUUGAUGUAUGCGACUCCGCGGUCAAUCGUGGCAUGCGUUGUUUUCGAUUGUGUUGUUUCUGCUCGUCGGUCGUCACAAUAUCACUUCCUAUGAGACUCGCGCGCGCGUACGAGAUAUCGUUACUAAUGUGGCUCUCGGCCGGCGGCCGAGCGGGCUCGCGGGGUCGAUCCGGGUCGUUCGCCCAGGCUGACGUCCGCUGUAAGAUAGUUUGUACCGAAUCAUCCGUAAUAAACAUCACUCAGUUCUUG